AAACAAGAAAAUGCUAUAUUCAGGCUUUAUUCAUAACCUGUUAAACCCUAAACCCUAAUCCCUUUCUCCGUGUCCCGCAAAGAAUGUCGUCCUCGGAAGGAAUGUACGACGUCGCUCUGAAGCCGAAGCUGCUUCGCUCGCUGCUGAGAGAGUACGUUCCCGAUGAGAAGCACCCGUUCAGCAACCCCUCGGAAUUAUUAUACGUUGUCUCCACCGUCAAGACUCAAAAAUUGCUGUCCGAGUGGGCUCCGCUGCCACUCGAACAAGAUUUGGUCGAUGCCUGGAAAUCGGCCGUCGACUCCUGGGUCCAUCGGUUGCUCACUCUCGCAUCUAGCAGUUUGCCAGAUAAGUGUUGGGCGGGAAUAUGUUUGCUUGGAUUGACCUGUCAAGAAUGCAGUUCUGAGCGUUUUUUAGCUUCAUAUGCUGUUUGGUUAAAUAAGCUUGUCUCAAAUAUUCAGCCUCCUGUAGUUUCUCAUUUGUUGAAGGCGGCUUCCUGUGCCUCGUUAUCAGAUAUGUUUACAAGGUUGAGUGGAUUCUCAAAUGCAAAAAAGGAUGGGACAUCGCAGGCUACCAAAAUUAUUCAGCCAGCAUUGAAGUUAUUAAAUGAGGACAGCUCUGCUGUUGUAUUGGAAGAAGCUGUGUGUCUGUUAUGCACCGUGAUAAACUUCUUUCCAUUAUCAGUCCAUCGGCAUUAUGAUAGUGUUGAAGCUGCUAUUGUUUCGAAGCUCAUGUCGGGCAAAUGCUGUGCCGAUGUUCUGAAGAAGCUUGGUUAUGUUUUGUCAUUGCUUCCAAAAUCAAGAGGAGAUGAAGAUAGCUGGUCUUUGAUGAUGGAUAAGAUCUUGCUCUGUCUAAACAGUCAGUUGAAUGAUGCCUUCCAAGGUCUAGAAGAAGAGGUCAGAAGUACUCAAACCUUGAGGGCAUUGCUUCCCCCUGGUAAAGACUCACCACUACCACUAGGAGGCUUAGCAUCAGAACAGACCUCUGAUCUUUCAACCAGGAAGCCUGAGCGACUGCUGGGAUCUAGAAUUUCUACUCUUAUGCAAUGCUGUUGUAACAUGCUCACAAGUUCUUACCCUGUGAUGGUCCCUGUUCCUGUAUCUGGUCUAAUAGCCCUUGUCAGUAGAGUGCUGAUGGUUGAUGGUUCUUUGCCACCAUCCUCAUAUUCUUUCAUGACCACCCUCAAACAAGAAUUUAUUUGUUCGGAAAUUCCAUUACUGCAAUUGCAUGGUCUCGAAAUUCUUGCAGCUGUUGUUCAGGGGUUGCGCAGCCAAUUAUUACCACAUGUUGCAGCUAUUGUACAACUUCUGAAAGAAUACCUGAGGAGAUGCAAAUUCCCCGAUCUGAAGAUAAAAGCAUAUGUGAUUAUGAAGGUCCUAGUGAUGUCGAUGGGCAUCGGGAUUGCGAUUCAUAUUAGCCAGGAUAUUGUCAGUAAUGUAUUCAUGGAUUUAGAUUUCCUCGGUGGCGAGAAGAAUGACAAAAGUUCAGGUCUUCACGCAAAGGCCCAGAUGGAGUUCUCUAGCGAGUCUCGACGGAAGAAAAGGAAGCAUUCAAGUGCAGCAAGCUCCCUCCAAGAGCAGCCUGUUCAGGAUGGUCUUGAAGUGGAAAAGCUGCAUUUGACUCCAAUAUCUGUGAAGAUAGCUGCAUUGGAAGCAUUAGAAGCUCUUUUAACUGUGGGUGGUUCUAUGAGAUCUGAAAGCUGGCGUGUAAAUGUUGAUCAUCUACUUGUUACUGUGGUUACACAUGCUUGUAAAGGGGGGUGGUCCAAGGAGGAAAGAAAUAUUUUUCUUCCUGGUGAUCGUACACCUACCUGGGCAGACUUUCAACUGGCUUCUUUACGUGCACUUUUGGCAUCUCUGCUUUCGCCAGGCCGAGUACGCCCAUCACAUCUGGCCCUGGGUCUUGAACUUUUCCGCAGAGGUAUGCAAGAGACGGGCACUAAGCUUGCUGAAUAUUGCGGACAUGCUCUUCUGGCAUUAGAACUACUCAUACACCCAAGGGCCCUUCCAUUGUUAGAUCUGCAUUCUAGCACCAAUGAAUAUAAAGUUCUAGGACCCAAGAUCCGUGAUACUGUACAUCCCAGUCGAGACAGACAAAUUUCCACGUAUCAGGCUGGGCCUGGUGACCCCGAAUCAGAAGAUGAUGACCUAUAUGAAAAUUGGCUUGGAAAUGAUGACUAUUUGGAAACUCAAGCCACCGAGAGACAACAGAACGCACAUUAUACUGAAAAGUGUCCUGCAACUGCAACAGAUCCUUCACUAGAUGAGCUCCCUUCUGUUAAGGGUGCUUCUCUAACUCAUACGACCAAAGAAGGUGAAGUAUUGGCAUCAGCAAGUGGUCCUAACGACAACAGAAUGGUUAAUACUAAUGACUAUAUGGUUGAAUCACCACACUCCAGAAAUACCCAGGACCAAAGACACAAAGCACCUGAUACUGCUGUUGAUGGUUCUCUAGCAGUUCAGUCUGGCAAAAAUGCUUUGGAAGGUGAUGAUUUAGAACCAGCGAGUCGGAGAAUUGCAUUAGUAGAGAACGCCGUAAUGUUGAAGAGUAAUGUGAUAUCUGAAUUACAUGGCGGGAUGGCCUCUACUUCAGAACAGCAAGUGACGGAAACCAAGGAUGAUGGGGUGACUACUAUAGUCAAAAGAAUAUCCGAUACUCUAUCAAAUACCGACAGAAGCAAAGAAUUGAUGUUUGAAUCGGAUAAUGAAUUAUCUACUGAUUUUCCCGACAUUGUAGAUGGCGAUCCAGAUUCCGACUAAAGUAUCAACCGAUUGGCAUGUAAACGAAUGUGGUGAUGAUGUGUUAGAGGAGAAAUGUGAGAGGCAAGUUUUGACUGGUGAUUGAGCUAGUAUACUCUGUCCUAAGAAUUUUGAUUGCUAUUUAGAUUGAGCAAUGAAUUUCUAGCUGACGAUAGAAAUUGCAGCUGAUACAAGGCUUGUUACCUCUUGUUUGUUGUUCCUUUUCUUGUGGGAUUAUUAUUAGGAUAAAUUACAUCCACGUGCUUUGAGAUUUGGUUUA